CCCCAGAGCUUCAUGAGUCGCGACCCUUCUCUCAACCAUCCGCUGUCCUCUAAUUCCCUCCAAGGCCCUCGUCUUCCCCAGAAAGCACAGCUCAACACCCACAAUGGGCAAAUCUGCCAAAGAUGCCUCACCAGAGGCGGAGGCGACCCCGGUCGCCGACACCGAACUCGAGUCAACCACGAAGCUUGCAGAAACAUUCCAGGAGUUGGGAGUCAUCGACUCCCUGUGUGAGGCCUGCGACUCGUUAGGCUUCAAGAAGCCCACUCCCAUUCAGGCCCGUUGUAUCCCCAUCGCUUUAGAAGGACGUGAUCUGAUCGGUCUCGCUGAGACGGGAAGUGGUAAAACGGCCGCAUUUGUGCUCCCGAUCCUGCAAGCACUGAUGGACAAACCUCAAACACUGCACUCCCUUAUCGUCGCACCCACUCGAGAACUGGCGCAGCAGAUCGCCCAAACCGUGGAAGCCCUGGGGUCGCUGAUCUCCGUGCGAUGUACACUUCUGAUCGGUGGUAUGGACAUGGUGUCGCAAGCGAUGGCGCUGGGCAAGAAACCGCAUGUCAUCGUGGCGACGCCGGGACGUCUGUUGGAUCACUUGGAAAACACGAAGGGCUUCUCGCUGAAGAAUCUGAAAUACUUGGUGCUGGAUGAGGCCGAUCGACUUCUCGACCUAGACUUCGGUCCUAUCCUCGACAAGCUUCUCCGCCUCUUGCCCCGCAGAAAGACCUACCUGUUCUCUGCGACCAUGUCCAACAAGGUCGAAUCCCUCCAAAGGGCGUCGCUGUCCGAUCCCGUUCGCGUUUCCGUAUCCGCCAAGAACCAGACCGCCACGAAUCUCUCCCAGUCCUACAUGUUCAUCCCACACAAAUUCAAAGACGUCUACCUGGUCCACCUGCUGAACGAGCGCGCGGGGCAACUCGGCAUUAUCUUCACACGCACUGUGCACGAAACCCAGCGCCUGGCCUUCCUGCUGCGCAACCUCGGCUUUGGCGCCAUCCCUAUCCACGGCCAACUUUCGCAGAGCGCUCGUUUGGCGUCAUUGAGCAAGUUCCGCGCCCGGUCGCGCAAUCUCCUGCUGGCCACGGACGUUGCGGCGCGUGGUUUGGAUAUUCCCGCCGUUGACUUCGUUCUCAACUACGAUCUGCCCCAGGACAGCAAGACCUACAUCCACCGUGUGGGUCGAACGGCUCGUGCCGGCAAGAGCGGUAUUGCCAUUUCCUUUGUCACUCAGUAUGAAGUCGAGGUAUGGCUGCGGAUCGAGGGCGUCUUGAACAAGAAGCUGGACGAGUACAAGCCGGAGAAGGACGAGGUCAUGGUGUUCAGCGACCGAGUGAACGAGGCACAGCGACAAGCGGCCAUGGCUAUGCGGGACUUGCAGGAUAAGGACACGAAGGGUCGGGGCGGACGGGGGAAGAAGAGGAACAGAGAUGAUAUGGACCGUGAGGAGGCUUAGGGGGGAUAAUCUCGUCCGGGCGGACUGGUGAGAAUUUGUGCAUAAUGAAAAAGGUGUAUUGUCUGCAGCUUAACCUAGAGCGAAAAAGUUUCCAUAAUUCGAG